AUGCAAACAAUCAACAGCAUCUACGAGGUGAACACACCGAAGGUCCAAGCAUCCCUGUUCCAUGGACCAGCAAAUCCUCCAUUGGUGACAGUGGCAUUGGGAGAGUUCCUGGACAUCCAAUGCGAACGAUAUGGACAGCAUGAAGCACUCGUCUUCCCAUGGACGGGAACACGAUGGACAUAUAACGACUUGAAAGAAGAGAGUUCGAAGCUCGCUAGAUAUCUGUACUCAAGAGGCAUCCGUCCUGGAGACAGGAUAGCAAUCCUUGCUGGCAACAGAGUCGAGUAUGCUUCAGUCUUCUUUGCGUGUAUGCGUAUUGGCGCCGUGCUGGUCAUCCUGAACAAUACCUACACCAUCCCUGAGGCAGAGUAUGCUCUCCAAUACACCGACUGCAAGAUACUCUUCGCGACGCCAACGAUUGGUAGGCACAUCGACAACUCGACCAUGCUCAGGCAGUUCUCGAAUAGCCCAGACAAGCUACCAGCAUUGCAACAGAUUGUCAUUCUCGCAGACAAACUCGACAACCUUCUACACUACCAAGAUGCCAUCAAAAUUGGAUCACGACUACCCAACGAGCCGGUCAAGCAAGUACAAGACAGUCUCUCACCAUACGAGACAUGCAACCUACAAUUCACCAGUGGAUCGACUGGUCAUCCCAAGGCAGCCAUGCUCACACACCAUGGUCUGCUCAACAACUCUCGCUUCAUUGGCGAUCGCAUGAGUUUGACCGCAGAUGAUGUACUGUGCUGUCCACCACCAAUGUUCCACUGCUUCGGCCUGGUACUAGGCAUGCUGGCAUGUUUGACACACGGCGCAAAGAUUGUGUAUCCCUCAGAGAUCUUCGACGGACCCUCAGUGUUGCAGGCCAUCACCGAGGAGGGAUGUACUGCCAUUCACGGCGUACCAGCCAUGUUCGACACCUUAUUCAGUCUGCCCCGUCCCUCAGGUUUCAACUGCGACAGACUACGGACGGGUAUCAUCGCCGGCGCUCCCGUACCACGUCACUUGAUGGAACUCCUGGUCAACGAGUUUGGCAUGACCGAGUUCACCAGCAGCUACGGCCUCACCGAAGCCUCGCCAACGUGCUUCAACGCUUUUGUUGACGACUCCAUCGACCGCCGUCUCACCACAGUAGGCACCUUGAUGCCCCACGCCCACGCCAAGAUCGUCGACAAGAACAAUCGCAUCGUCCCUGUUGGCACUCGCGGCGAGCUUUGCAUUGCAGGAUACCAACUCCAACAAGGCUACUUCCGCAAUGCCGCAAAGACAGCUGAAGCCAUGGAGCGCGACGCAGACGGCGUGCUCUGGCUGCACACCGGAGACGAAGCAGUCUUUGAUCGCUACGGCUACUGCUCCAUCACUGGCCGCUUCAAGGACAUCAUCAUCCGCGGCGGCGAGAACAUUUACCCACUGGAGAUCGAGGAACGUCUCGUAAAGCACGACGCAAUCGAACGUGCCAUCGUUGUCGGACUGCCUCACACCAAAUACGGCGAAGUAGUUGCUGCGUUCUUGCAACGAGCUGCUGGCGCUGGCAAGCUCAACGACGAGGAAGUACGCGAGUGGACUAGACAGACUCUGGGACGUCACAAGGCACCUUCUCAUAUCUUUUGGCUAGGAGAGAAUGGUGUUACCGACCAGAUUCCUAUUACCGGCAGUGGCAAGAUCAAGAAGUUUGAGAUGAGGAAGAUUGGAGAGGAGUUGUUGGCUUCUGUGCCCAAGGCCAAGCUUUGA